AUGUCGGCGCCAUCGUCAAGCCCCGUAAUCGAGUCGAGAACGUCGGCGCCGAGCGUCACGAGGUCGGCCGGGGCGGCCGGCAGGAGGGGCAAGGAGGACGAGGAGGGCGCGACCUCGGCGGUCCAGUCGCAGGGCAUGACCGACGGCAGCAGCGGCGGGCUUCGCGCCGUCGCAAAGGCGACGAGCAACAUCGCGAGCAAGCUUCUCCCGUUCCCGACUCGUUCGCCGAGGACUCUCGGCUUCGCACACGACCAACCACCUCCUCCCGUCCCGCACUUCCCUCUCCGGCGCAGCUACGACAUGAUCAGCGCCACCGCAUCCUCCUCUCGCCGCCCCUCGCUAUCCUUCGACCUCUCCUCCUCGUCCCCUUCCUCGAUCCCGUCCUUCGCGAGUGCCACGUGCUCGACAGCGCCGUUCGCCUCCUCGAGCUUUGUCGAUGCCGCCGUCGACGACGACGACGCCUGCACGCCGACGGCGUCGAGGUCGCACGAGCGCCUGCCCGAGGUCUGUGCGCAGACGCCGUCGCAGGUCCUGUGGCCCGAGUACGGCACCAAGCGGGUCGAGCGCGGCGGGCGCUCGAGCUCGUCGAAGCUCCUAAGCCUCGGGCGCAAGGGCAAGGUGGCCAAGAAGGAGGAGGAGUUCGUUCCGCAUGCGUGGUGCCUCGUCAACGCGAUUACGGGCAGCUUCACGUCGGAUCAGCGUAUCGUCGGCAGCACGUUCGUCGACCAGGACCUCCUCAUCCUCAAGCCUCGUCUCCUCGCCUUCGACCCGCCUCUGCAUCUCCUGCACCUCCCGUACCUCCGCCUCUCGCGCAUCGAGCUCCUCACGACGCCGCUCGCCGACCUCGCCGUCGGCCCUUCGAGCCCAACCACGCCCAAGCGCUCAAAGCGGCGCAGCUGGGGCAGCGCACCCAAAGGCGGGCCCCUGUUCGUCGAGCGCGUGCUCGAGAUCGCGGUCGAGGAGGUGGGGCUCGAGGGGGACGGGCAGCGUGAGGAGGGAAGCGCCCCCAUUAUGGUGUUGCGGGUCUUUGAGCGCAACAGCCUCGAGCAGAGCUUCAAGCUGCCGGCCUCGCACAUUCGCCUCGUCGCCGUCGACACCUCCCUCGCCGACUACUUCUCUGGCGACAAGAGCCCAUCCUCGCGUCAGCGCCCCCCUCUCUCGCUCCCGAUCGUCGCCCUCGACUUUGAUGCCGACGAGAGCAUCGCUUUCCGCCCAUCGACGGGCGCCGAACUCGACAGCCUGCUCGACCUUCUCGGCGACGAGGACGAAACGAGCGACCUGCUCUACGAGGGCGAGAUGGAGCGCAGGAAGAACAUCAUCGACGCCGCGUACCGCUCCCACCACAACCUCCCUCUUCCUCUCGCCGCACCGCCAUCCGCUCCUCUCCCACCUCCUCCUCCCUCGAGCCCUGUCAUCCCCCUCUCUCCUACCCAGCCCAUCUCGCGCCGUCGCUCGCUCCACUCGCCCACCUCGUCCCGCCGCACCGGCCUCGCCAAGAGCACGACGCAGCUCGUCCUCUCGCGCGUCCCGAGCGUCGACGAGCAGCCGCAGCCGCCCUCGCACGAGCACUUGAGCUCGGCCAGCACGAGCGCCGAGUCGCUCGCCGGCGGCGGUCGCGUCGCGAGCGGGUUCGCGACGGCGCCGACGUCGCCUGCGCUCAGACCUCCUUCGACGAGCCCGACGAGCCCGUGA